AUGGUGCGUACCUCGCUGCUACUGGCGGCGCUGCCCGCGCUGGUGGCCGGCACGGCGUCCCAGCUGGACUACCCGGCGUGCGCCAUCAACCACUCGCCGCAGUACUACUGCUGCGACCUGGGCACGCCCGAGGGCUCCGACGUCUCCAACGGCCUCGUGUACGUGCGCUACAACAAGCCGCAGGGCGCGGGCUUCUCGAGCUACUACGACGAGGGCUGGCAGAAGAGCCGCCAGGUCAACUACGACCCCGACGGAGACGUCUCGCUCUACGCGCCCAGCACGCCCAGCUACGUCUACGGCGAGGCCGACCGCACCUGCCGCCUGCGCGACGUGGCCGUCAACGGCGCGGUCGUGAGCACGCUGCAGUGCACCUUCGCGCCCUCCGGCAGCGAUGCCAUCUACACGCAAAACACGUCGCUGGCCGAGGACUCGACCGACACGUCCGUCUUCUGGUCGUCCACGCCCAACCCGCGCAACAACAACGCGUCGCUGCCCAUUGGCGCCGUGUGCCGCAGCAUCAUGCUGGACGACGGCACGGUGAACGCCACGGCCAAGAGCCUCUGCACGUCGCAGUCGGGCACGUCGGUCUACCGCUUCACCACGUUCACGGAGACGCCGCUCGUGGUCGUCUACGCCAUCUACGCCGUGUGCUUCCUCAGUCUGGCCUGCUGGGCCGCGCUGCGCACGCUGCUCGGCGUGCGCCGCUCGUCCGACGCGGCCGCGCCGCUCACCGACAUCGCGGACGGCGACAAGAAGCUGCUGGACCACCGCGGAGGCCCCGAGACGCCCGGCAUCAAGACGUCCGUGACUCGGCCGUCGCUGGCCGACCGCCCGUCCGAGGUGCAGCUGCGCAACAGCACCGAGGACAUCGUGCAGACCGGGUACACGGACUCGGUCGUGGGCUACGUGGUCUUCGGCUACUUCGUGCUCAUGACGGUGCUGCUCAACAUCCCCAUCAUCCUGACCAUCCGCGACAACCAGGGCAAGCUGGCCACGGACAAUUACGCGGCGUGGUUCAACCCCACGACAGUCGUCAUCAAGGUCUUCAUCUCGCUCUGGGUCAUUGCCACCGUGUGGUUCGUCGUCGUGGUCGUCUACCGCUUAAAGAUCCUUAACUUCUUCCGCUACCCGACGGCGCUGGACAAGUGCACGCGCGUGCUCAUGUACAAGCCUGAGGUGACGGAGACCAUGCUCGCGGACCGUUCGGGCGUCGCGCAGAUGGUGCUCAAGUUCGAGAGCUUCCUCUUCCCGCACUCGCGCCAGGGCGUCGAGGAGACCGUGACGGUGCACACAACCGCGGAGGGCGCGCGCUACCUAGAGUUCCAGCACCUGCGCUACACGUACGACGACGUGGAGGGCAAGUUCAUCCCGGGCUCCGUGGUGCUGCCGGACACGUACGACAAGAUCCUCUCGGACUCGCAGGGCCUGACCACCGACGAGCACUCGCGUCGCCAGGACAUCGUGGGCCGCAACGCCAUCGAACUGGAGAUGCCGUCGUGGGCCACGUCCGUCGUGGACGAGUUUUUCUCCUUCUUCUACAUCUACCAGCUCAUGUGCUACUACGUCUGGUACUUCACCGACUAUGUCUGGGUGUCCGUGCUCAACACGGUAGUCAUCGCGCUGGCCGCGGCCUUCAACAUCUACGCCAAGCGCAGCAUGCUCGCGUCCGUCGUGCAGAUGACGCACUACGUGGCCGACGUGACGGUCAAGCGCGACGGCGAGUGGUCCACCAUCAAGUCGUCCGACUUGGCCCCCGGAGACCUCGUGCGCGUGGCCGAGAACUGGGAGUUGCCGUGCGACCUGGCGAUCGUCAAGGGCUCGACGGUGUGCGACGAGUCCAUGCUCACGGGCGAGUCCAUGCCCGUGCAAAAGUUCCCGCUGCCCAACGACAGCAGCGACGUCUACGACGCCGAGGGCAACGGCAAGAAGUACACGCUCUUCUCCGGCACGAGGACGCUGGCCUCGGGCCGCGACGAGGAGAUCCUGGCCAUCGUGCAGGCCACCGGCGCGCACACGAGCCGCGGCCAACUCGUGCAGGCCAUCCUGUACCCGGCCCCGAUCCGAUUCAAGUACGAUGAGCACCUCAAGGCCGUCUUCUCCGUGCUGUUCGUCAUUGGCCUCAUCGCCGCCUACUUCGCCAUGAAGUUCCUGAUCGAGAACGCCGGUCUCAGCAACACGCUCUUCGCCUUCGUGUACGGCAUGUUCAUGUUCAGCGCCGUGUUGAACCCGCUGCUGCCCGUUGUGAUGACCAUCGGUCAGGUGAACGCGGCCAAGCGCCUCCAGAAGCAGGACGUCUUCUGUCUGAACCCGCAGCGUAUCACGCUCUGCGGUAAGGUCCGCGUCUUCUGCUUCGACAAGACCGGCACGAUCACCAAGGAGGGACUGGACUACCGUGGCUGCGUCCCCAUCGGCGAGUCGGGCGAGUUCCUGCCGGAGUUCAACGACAUGACGGACGCGUCCCUGAACCAGAUGAUGAAGUUCUCGCUGGCGUCGUGCCACGCCGUGGGCUCGCUCAACGGCGAGCUGGUGGGCAACGAGGUCGAGGUCAAGAUGUUCAAGAGCACGCAGUGGAAGCUCAUCGAGCUGGAAGGCCAGCUGCCCGUUGUGGAGUCGGCCGACGGCUCCGAGGAGCUCGAGUUCGUCAAGCGCUUCGAGUUCGACCACCACCGCAUGUCCAUGAGCGUCGUGAUGAAGCAGCGCAGCACCGGCAAGCUCAUCGUCUUCUGCAAGGGCUCGUACGAGAAGAUGGCGUCCGUGUCCAGCAGCAACUCGAUCCCGGCUAACUACUUCGAGACGGCCGAGAACCUGGCCAAGAACGGCUGCUACGUGCUCGGUAUCGCCUUCAAGGAGAUGCCGUCCAUGAGCGAGGCCGCGCUCGCCGCCUUCCUGGCCGACCGUGACGCUGUCGAGGAGUCUCUGGCGCUGCUGGGCCUGAUCAUGUUCCGCAACGAAAUCAAGGAGGACUCGCGCGACGCGAUUCUCACUUUGAAGCAGGGCGACAUCCGCCCGGUGAUGAUCACGGGCGACAACGCCAUGACUGGUUGCUACAUUGCCCGGGCCAGUGGCAUGGUGGAGGAGGACUCGCAGAUGGUGCUGGGCGACAUGGUGGCCGACGAGAAGGUCGGCAGCAUGCUCGUGUGGAAGGAUGUGGACUCGCAGCAGGUUUUCUCGUUCGAUGACAUCCGCGACAUGGUCGAGGCCGUGGAUACCAAGGUGGAGCUGGCUGUGACCGGCAAGGCCUUCGACUUCCUGGUCAAGAUGGGCGACAUCCACAAGAUCCUGCUCAAGACCCGCAUCUUCAGCCGCAUGACGCCUCAGGGUAAGGUGGACUGCGUCAAGCUUCACAUGGGAACGGGAUCGGUGACCGGAAUGUGCGGUGACGGCGGCAACGACUGCGGCGCUUUGCGUAUCGCGCACGUCGGCGUGGCGCUCAGCGAUGCUGAGGCUUCCGUGGUGUCUCCGUUCACGAGCAAGGCCCGGUCGCUCAAGGCCGUGGUGGACCUGGUGCUUGAGGGCCGCGGAGCGCUGGCCACGUCGUUCGCGAGCGUCAAGUACCUCAUCAUGUACGGCCUCAUCGGUAUCGGCUGCCGUACCGUCAUGUACUACAACGGCGUCUUCAUCUCGCAGUUCGGCUUCAUGUAUCUGGACGGCGCCAUCCUGGUCGGCAUCUCGUACGGCCUCACGCGCGCUCGGCCGCUCACGACAAUGGGCUCGCAGCGCCCGACCUCAAGUCUCGUGGGCCCCACGACCGUGUGCUCGCUCAUCGGCGCGUCCGUGAUCCACUGGCUGUUCCUGUACGGCGCCAUCCACGACCUGACCACACAGCCCUGGUACUGCCCGUUCCAGCCGAGCGACGUCAACCUGGUGCAGUGGUGGCUGCUGCAGGACAGCAACCUGGGCUCGACGCUGUGGUUCAUCAUCUGCUUCCAGCAGAUGUCCACGGGCCUCACCAUGGGCCUGGGCUCGCGCUUCCGCCGCCCGAUCUGGCACAACGUCUUCCUGCUCUUCUGGUACGCGCUGCUCUUCGUGGUGCUCGUCGUCAUGUUCGUGGGCCCGCCUUCGCGCUUCAGCGACCAGUUCCGCGUGGCCAGCAGCACCAACGUCGUGGGGCUGCCCGACAUCCCGCUACCCAAGGGCUUCCGCUGGGAGCUCUUCGGCUGGGGCAUCGCCGACACGGCCGCCGUGCUCAUCUUCGAGCACUUCUUCGUGCUCGGCUACGUGCGCGACUUCUUCCGCGCCAAGUACCACCGGGACGCGCUCCCCAUGAAGCUCUAG